UCAUCUGUUCUAUCUCGCUAUCUGUUCUCUAUAUAAUUUUUCUAUGAUUUUUUAAUUUUAUUCUUAAAAAUUAAAAAAAAAAAAAAAUAAAUACAAAAAUUUUCUUCAAGGAUAAUUUAACUGAAAUAUAAAAUUUAAAAAAAAAUCCUUUUUUUUUAUAUAUUUUUAUUAAAAUUUAUUUAAUAUCUUACGGAUUUAUCCAGUGAAGUUAUUUACAAAAAAAAAAUGUAUCUUCUAUCGGAAAUGUGAAGAGACUGUCUUUUUAAUUGAAUCUAUUCCACUUAAGAAAAAAAAAAAAAGUGUCAAAGUGAAAUAGUGCAAUUUUAUUAUAGUGACAAGGUUUCCAAGAUUAAAAUACCAGAAUAUUGAGUUAGGAAACUCAUCUCUAUAAGAUUUAUUUUCUUUAAAUUGGAUUGGUUAUCUUCAAGUGUUCCAGACGCCGCCGGCUGUAUAAUUUUUCAAUCCUCAUGGGGAGCCUAGAAAAACGUCUUUCUUUUCGUAUCAUGAGACACAUUGAUGGCUCAUCGAACAACAACAACAACUCCAAUCAAACCAACAACAACAAUUCCAACAAUACCAAUGGCAGCACCAAUGGCAAAUCCGGCCUCCUUGUGCCAACGGCAACUUUUACCCGUCGCACAAGUGUCUACAAAAAACCACCAGAAAAUACCGACGGUGGAGUAAUUCAUGUCAUUCCCGAUGUUGAGCUACCAUUGAUGACAUUUUCCGAUCAAUAUAACAUCGAACGAACUGUUGCCGAAGGUUGUUUUGCUAAAAUUCUCUUAGCAUUACAUCGACCAACUAAUACCCAGGUGGUCUUAAAAGCUGUCCAUGCUGAACUAACUUCAAUUAAGGAUUUUCAAAAAGAAUUCCAUUUCAAUUAUCAGCUGAGUCAUCAGAGGAACAUUUUGAGUGCAUACAAUGUUGCUUUCCAGACCAAGGAUUAUUAUGUAUUUGCUAUGGAAUUUGCUCCCUAUGGUGAUUUGGCGGCAAAUUUGGGCUCAAAUGGGCUACAUGAAAACGCCUGCAAAUUAGUGUCGGAGCAACUAAGUUCAGCAUUAGGAUUUAUGCAUUCAAAGCAUUUGGUACAUCGAGAUUUGAAAUUGGAGAAUGUUUUGGUUUUUGCUCCAGAUUUUUCAAGAGUCAAAUUGUGUGACUUUGGGGCAACUACCAAGAAAGGUGUCCUAGUGCAUAAAGUGAAGCAUACAUGGGUGGCAUUUGUUCCACCAGAGGUAAUUGAGAUUGUCAAAAAUGAACGAUUUAUUUGUCGAACUAGCAGUGAUGCAUGGCAAUUUGGUAUAUUAUUGUAUUCGAUUUUGACAGGAAGUCCUCCAUGGAAAUCUGCCGAUUGGGUUAAAGAUAGUAAUUAUGCAGCUUUUAUGAAAUACGAAGAAAGAAAAACCACUAAAAUACCUGAGAAUUUUCGAAGAUUCUCACCACGAUUGAUGAGAUGUUUCCGAAAAUACCUUAGUCAUGAUCAUGAAGAUCGUUGUAAGAUAACUGAAAUCACAAAAUACAUGAAAGAUCGUUGGGUGGAAUGUAAAGUGUCAUCGUCUAAAUCGGCAACUUUAAUCUCUCCACAACCAGAUCAAGAUUCUUGCAUAUAUUUGAAUCAAAGGGAGACCAAAUCAUUUUCAGAUGAUAAAAAUACCCGAUUAAAGAGACUUAUGAGUAGUUAUGGACUUGAAGCAACAAUCGAUCAAAGUGCUGUUAGACGGAGAGUUUUAGAUUGGCUGUCAACUUGUGACAAUAAUUUUGACACUGCAGUGGAGAGUUUAGUUAUGGACAUACAACAAAGUGAAUUAAACUCAGAAACUCAAUGCCAGUAAAGAGAGGUACUGAUGAGAGAGAGAAAGCCUUCCAUUCAUUUUGUUUGGAGACUUUUUUUUGGAGAUUUUGUUAUUGGAAACUCUUAUGUUCUCGCAGGUUUUUUAAGUAGAUAUUUUGUGUGUGUGAUGAACCAGAAUCCACCUUAAACAACACAAAAAAGAAACCUUUGUCGAAAUUGUUUUCUUAAUUUUGGACCAUUCACUUAAAUGUGCAAAAAAUUUUGAUUUUGACAAUAAGUGAGUGGAGUAUUGUUAGUACUCCGCUCUUCCAGAACCCGGGUCAUUGUAUAUGGAACAUAUUCGUAGAGAAUUAUAGCUGACAGAAUUAAAGUAAAAUUGAAAAGAAAAAAAAAACACAACAAAAA